GUCAAAUAUCUCCCUACACAUUUUAAGCAAAAAAACGCUUUGUCUUGACUUAUGAGUGACUUAUGAGCUUCUUCAGAAAUCGCCAUACCGAAAAAAUAGCUACCAUUUUGUGACCGCACUUUUCGCGGUUAUCACGGGAUAACAUCAUUUUAUUAAUUACGCGAGGUAAGAUUAGAUUUAACGAUUGGUCCAUCAAUUUAUAUAUAUAUAUCUACUCUAUAGAUUUUUGUUAUGUUUGAAAAUAUACUUCAUGACACAAUGCGUAUCUUCUUUUUCAUUUCCUUCGCUUAUUAUUCCACUGCAUUAAAGAAUUUCAAAGACAAGAUCUCCUGUGUAUUAAAGUCGGUACGAUAUUAUUACUUAUCAGUCGAUGCUGAGGUGUUCAUUAUUUUGCCAUUAGCACUGUGACAUCCUGCAUGAUUCAUUUUCACACCUUACCCAUAUGACACACAAAAAUAGGUUGAUCAAAGCAAUUGUUCGCGACUGACCCCGGUCCCUUAAAAUGGCUGCUACUUGUCGUAGACUGUUCCGGUAAUUAAAUGAUCUUCUCCGGAAAUAAAAACGGUCGGUAAUUGUAGUCAAAGAUGAGGUUAGGUGUACAUCGGUGGCUCGAUGUUUGAGGUUCAUGGGUCAGGCGUAUGAAUCAUCACGAUGACGUUCUCGGGGGUACGGAGCUAGAAUUUAGUUUGCACUGCCUUCGGAGGAGCUGCGGGGUCACGACCCCUGACAUCUACAACAUCUCAGGCUGAUGCAUUUAGAGCAGAUUCGCGCCGUUGCACGGAGAGCUUAUAAACGUUCGAGAUGAUCCUUCUUCUGUUACUUGAGAGGAGCCGCCCGCAUUAGACGUCCGUCUCAAACCAAGUCCCGUUUCCAGCCACAAUGGUUAGCGAUCGGAUCUUCCUUCUGACCGUAACCUGCUCCGUCUUGAUGCUGCUGGUUAGCUGUGACGAUGUUCUCGAGAUCCGCUCGCCAGAAGAUAACAUGAAGGCUCAAGAGGAGAAGGAACUGAUUGAGGCUCUUCAAGAAGUUCUUGAAAAACUGAGAAACAAACAGAUCCCCACUGCAGAGAAGAAGUUCGGCUGGGUUCCCUCGUGUGAUGCAGGUGAGCAGUGUGCGGUUCGCAAAGGCGCUCGCUUCGGGAAGCUGUGCAGCUGUCCGGGAGGAACCACCUGCAGCUUCUCCAUCCUCAAGUGUUUGUGAAAACCUGCCUCUCUCUGUCCCAUCCGGCGUCUCCUUCUCCCUGCAGAGGACUGUCAUAAAUGUUUGUUGUUUCCCAUCAGUUGUAACAUGUUUUAUUAAUGCACAUACCAAUAAAUGCGUGCAUUUUUGUAUAUAG